GCCUACUCCAAUAUUCCCAGCAAGAAAAGAUGCCCUCUAUGUUUACGACUAAAAUAUUCUGCCAAAUGGGUGAGAAACCGUAAAGCGAUGACUAAAAUAAAGCUUCAAUGUUGAAGAAAGUUUUACCCGCCAAAAUCUUUUUGUCAUCUUCAAUGCUUUCCGGGUUUAGGCCUUCCACCAAUAUAUAUUAACACUCCCGUUCCUUUUUCCCUAACCUCCUGAAUCCUAAUUACUCAGUAUAGAGGGAUCUUAGAGUGAGUCAGAAAUUAAGAGAGAUGAAGGAUUCGUCCAAAGUAAUCAUGGGAGCAACACUGGUAAUGAUAGUGGGCAUUGCUAUACUGUUAGGCCUAAUCAUAAUUCUCUUAGCUGAGCUCUACUGCUCCAUGUUACUUCGCCGCCGCCGGCGAAAUUCCAAAUCGUCUCUAACUUCUACAUUUCCCAUAUCCAUGGCUCCCACAGCCAUUGGUACUACUAAUUCUGAGCAGAAGCGUUCUGUGACUCCAUCUCUCAGUGAUUUCUAUGCUCAAGGUGUUCUAAAUGCUCCAAGAAACUUGCUCUUUCCUUCACUUCAUCAUGGCAAUGCUGCUGUUGACCUGGAGAAGCAACAUUCUGUUCGGCUUUAUGAUAAAGUUUUCGAUUCCCCGAUUCAAGAAAUCAGGUCGAGCCCUGAUUAUCGCACCCGGGCUACCGCGUUUUCGCUGGAAUCUUCCCCUUCGUUCGUGAAGCUUGCACCUCCAAAACUCGUGUACGAGGUUCCUCACCAUCAAUGCACCAGUGGCACUUAUGAUGAUGAUCAACAAGAUUGUGGUGGCAGCAGCAAGGAAACGUAUAUCUACAUUUGCAAUCCAAUUUACGACAACAAUUCUAACAGAUUCUCUAGCAGGAGGCUGGAUACACCGUUUGAAACGCCCGAUUCCUCGCCUUCUCGUCUAGAAACCAAUGGUAAUUCGUCCAUUGGAGGAGAAGAAGAAGAAGAAGAGAAACACGUUGUUCAAUCUUCACCAAUAACUACUCCUCCAUUAACUCCAAUGAAAAAGCUUCCUGCUGAGGGAAUUUCAAUUAGUCUCAGGGACCCUCGUUCGUUGCCAACUUCAGGCAGUGAAUCCAACAGCAACAAUGAAGUUAUUUCAUCAAUAUUAUCAUCAGGGUCUCCUUGUACAACAUCUCCAUCCUGGUGAAAAAAAUUCAGAACUUAGGUUUCUGAAGGUUACCUCGUAAUUUGGGUGUCACAGAGAAAAGUUGCUGCGAAAGUUAAAUCUCAGACUCAUUCGGGAAAAAGGGAAGAAAAUUUUUUUGGCAGCUUUUCGUUUCAGGCGUGACUAGCUCUUCAACCCAGAACCACGCCUAUGUAAUCCAAAAUGUCCCUUUCUUUGUGUACUCUAGUUUUUUGUAUUCACUUACCCCGCUUGCUUAGUUCAAGAAUGCCAUUUUUAUUUUUCUGGAUUAAUUUUUUUAGCUUUGUCUAUUAGCCAUAGGAAGAGGAAACAAGGCGUUCGACCCCUGAUUCGUGUUGGGAUUAUAACGUUUGCACGUGAAAGAGAGGUAGGUGGACCAAAGGAAGAAAGAAAUGGCAAAGAAAAUCUCUGUUUUUCAUGAGCUUUUGUUGUAUGCUUUAAUUAAAUUGCUGAUUUCCAUGCAUGAAGAGGGCCAAGUUUGCCAAUUUGUGCUUUUGCUUUUGUCCACUUUGAAUAAGAUGAGUUAGCCGUUAGUAUCUAGGCAAAUGGAAAAAAAGAUCAGGUCCCAUGAAAAGAAGAAGCUUCAGUUGUCGGAG